AUGGAGAUCGGAACCUGUGAGGGUGCAGAUUAUGGUGUCUACACCUCGAAAGUGUUGUUGGAGUUCAGAUUCGGAGAAGUUGGUUUGAAUGUGAGUGAUUUCCGAGGUAUGAUGAUGUCCAUUGGGUCUUCCAUUUGGAUGAUGCGAAUGGGAGUUCAAGUCGGACCUGGCGAGGGGCACCGAGAGACUCGUUUGACGUGUAAGAACCGUGACAUUUAA